CCCGGGGCCCGCGCCGGGAGUCUGCCGUGAUGUUGCCAUGGUGCCCCGGGCUCAGGUGAGCAGCGCGGCGGAGCUCCGGUCCGGAUGGCUCGGCGGGACGCGGUGAGGUGUCUGCGCUGUCUGCUGUACGCGCUCAACCUGCUGUUCUGGCUGAUGUCAGCCUGUGUGCUGGGAGUGGCAGCCUGGAUCCGAGACUCCCUGAACACCGUCCUCACCCUGACAGCCCACACCAGGUUGGAGGAAGCUGCCGUCCUCACGUAUUCUCCAGCCGUCCAUCCCGUCAUCAUCGCCGUGUGCUGCUUCCUCAUCAUCGUCGCCAUGGUUGGAUACUGUGGGACGCUCAGGUGUAACCUGCUGCUGCUGUCCUGGUACUUCGGCAGUCUGUUGGUGAUCUUCUGCGUGGAACUGGCCAGUGCCGUCUGGACCUACGAGGAGCCUUCAGUCCAGCGCUCUGAUAUGAUCAGUCUGAAAUCUCGGAUGUCGAACUUCGGCCUGCAGAGAUACCAGUGGCUGACACACACCUGGAACAGCUUCCAGACAGAGUUUAAAUGCUGUGGGGUGAUCUACUUCACCGACUGGCUGGAGAUGACAGAGAUGGACUUUCCUCCUGACUCCUGCUGCUCCAAUCAGUAUCCAGGCUGCGCUCGCCACGCCCACUUCCACGACCUCAGCGACCUGCACCAGGAGGGCUGCGGUCCGAAGAUCUACAGUUUCAUCCGUGGGACGAAGCAGCUUCAGGUUCUUCGGUUCCUCGGCGUUUCCAUCGGCGUGGCUCAGAUCCUCGCCAUGGCGCUCACCUUAACACUGCUCUGGGCGCUUUAUUACGGACGUAAGGCUCCAGAGCUGGACUCGCCAACGCUGCCACCGCCGGAUGACCUCGCUGUUGUCACGGCGACCAACGGAACCUCAGCCGAGGCCUCGAAGUCGGGCUGCAGCUGGACGAAUAAAGGAAGUACGAACAUGGCCUCCAAACCCAAAGAGUUUGAGAUGGAACGACUUCACGCUGCAGCCUGAAGGAAGAACGGGUCGGUUCUGCCGCUUUGGUCCAACGUCAGGAACAAAAACAACAAACUCACGAGAAAAUACCUUCAUACCUUUGAUCUGCGUCCUUCAGUUCCACCUCCAAACACCAAGAAACCCUGGAGUUAAAGUCAGGACUGGAUUCAACUAAAAUAACUUCUACAAUCACCCAAGAGAGUGACGUUUUACUCAAUAACCAUAAAAAAUAGACAUUUGUGACACAUUUGCCAUAAAAACAUCCUGACUGCAUGCGUCUCUGGACUGUAAGAACACUGGGUUGACAUGAACCAUCACAGAAGUCUUUGUCAUGGUGCCCCUUUUUAGCUAAAGUCCCACAAUGCUCUCUGCUUUUACUUUAACUACAUGUGGUUAAUGGAGGAGAAACACAUCUGAGUGCUGGUAAAAACUGCAGCUAAAAUAACUAAAAAAGAUGGAAAAUUACCACAGAAAGACACAAAAUCACCCCAAAAGAGCCACACUACCCUGAAAGGUUCAAAUAUGCAGGAAAAACACCCCAAAUCACCAUAAAACAGGUGAAAUUGUGACAAAAACUCAAAUUUAGCACGCACACAAAAAAAUCCAUCUAAUAGUUCCUUCUUGACCUCCUCAGAACGUCUGGUUCUUCAUCUCCAGUAACUUUAGCAAUGAUCAGAGUUCUACCCUCAUACUGGGAAUAUUUCCAGAGGUCCAGGUUCUUGAAGUCCAUAAAGGAGAACAUCCCCAGGGGACGUUCUCCUUUCCUACUUCCAGUCUUUAAGUUUUGUCUCAGUUAGAACAUUCUAGAACCUGGAAGUCCAUAGGGUGGGUCCAGAUUCAUCACUUUUUAAUGGAGUUUUCCCAUCAUUUCCCUCUUGUACUACAUCUACCCUCUAAUACUACAUUUAAACAGGGUUCUACUGGAGCUGUACAACGAGGUUCCACCUACAGAACAUUAAGGAACAGGCUGGAGACAGAAGUGUAGUUUUUCCUAAUAUAUUGCAGAAUUAUUUAGUUGUCAAACACCUAAACUGGAUUAAUUCUAAUAAUUUAUGUACUUGAAGUGUGUUUUACGGAGGAAAAUGGUAUCAGAUCAGGAUUCUGUACCUGUAGAUACUAACUAUUAAAUAUCUCAGAUUGGAUCAUAGGCAAAAGAAAAACUAGACUGGUGCUUCCCUAAUGAGCCUCAUAGAGCAGCUCCAUUACAAGCUAGCAGGUGUUUAAGGAGUAUUUUGACGUGAAAACACCCAAUGAAAAGUUAGAAAAACAAACCACAGCCUCUAAAUGAACACUAACACUUCUCAAAAACAGAAAAUAUAAAUCACAACCUUCAUGGAGGAACAUUUAUUACAGACUAAAGCGACUUAGCUUCACUGAAAUUCUGAAAUCAAGUGAGGACAGAACCUUUAGAAGACCGAGGACAGAACCCUGUGGAACACCUCAGGUUAGUAUUUGAUUGAUAAACCAAGUAGAAGGUGGAACCAAAGAUCUCAACAAGUUCAUUGUUUUUGUUCCUGAUGGACUAAAUGACGUAAUAAACAGCAGAACUGGAGGAAUAAAUCUUGAAGGUACGAAGAGAAAAGGUUGUUUAUUUAGAACAUCCUGAACUCUGAGGGGAACCUGGACGAUUGUGGCACUAAAAGGAAACAACCACUGACGUUCUAAUGUUUGGGGUUCCACCACUAAAGAGAUCUUCAACGUUCGACUCCAGACGAACUGAGUUUGUUCCAGUCGGACGUGGAGUCGUUUUUAAUGAAGCUAUUUAAAGACUGUCGACCAAAGUGCUUCCCAGAGAUUAUCAGAACAAACACAGCAGGAUCUUCUAUAGGAGAACGUGCGCAUGGUGUUGGCUAUUUAAUGUUUGUGUCAGUGAUCAGAACAUUGGAUCCAUUCGUCACUGGAAUAAAAACUAAACAUUGAA